UGCUCGAUCUUGCUAUAUGACUGCGAAACAUCGCCAACGAAACAUAGUCAUAUUCUCAACUUAAAUGAAUUGUUUUUCAGUGUAUCUGAUGCUUGGGAAGCGUCUGUUGCCGUAGAUCUUCGAGUAGCAUCAACAAGUGCAAGUAAAGUAUUAGAACGACACGCAGCGAUGGCGUCAAAAGAUGUAAUAAUGCCCCCAGUGUAUCCGGUACCCUCAAAAAAUAGUAAAAUUCAAGCAAUGCAACGUUUAGCGACUCAAAAAGAGCCUUUACCUGCUGCCAACACUAAAACAACCAAUUCAGCUGCAUUUAUUGGACUAUAUCCAAAAUUGCCUGAGGUAAAAUUUAUUUUUUUAUAUUUUGGAAAACAUCGCGAUCAUUCUCGGUUCAAUAGAUUGAGAGCUCAGUUGGGGUUGAUUCAAGGCACUGCUUCAACCGGUUAUUCUGUAUUGCUUAGUUCUUCAGAUAUUGAUUUAGAACAAUUGCGAAAAGAUUGUUGGAUGGGAAUUCCUCAUAAAUUGCGUCCAUCUAUUUGGAGGAUUUUAUCAGGUUACGUACCUACCAGCUUCGAGCGUCGUGAAAUGACUUUAUCUCGUAAGAGGCAGGAAUAUUGGCAUUAUGUAGAACAGUAUUUUCAUACUAGAUUUGAGGAUCAGCAUCAAGAUACUUUUCGACAGAUUCACAUCGAUAUUCCACGAAUGUGUCCUCUCAUACCUCUUUUCCAACAAAAGAUUGUACAAGAAAUUUUUGAACGUGUUUUGUAUAUUUGGGCAAUACGCCACCCUGCAAGUGGUUAUGUACAAGGCAUAAACGACCUCGUUACUCCAUUCUUUGUUGUGUUCUUGUCUGAAUUUAUUAAUGAUGAUACUGAAGUGGGAACAUUUAAUGUUAGCGAUUUAUCAAGAGAAAUUAUCGAAAUUGUAGAAGCUGAUAGCUUUUGGUGUGUAUCAGCCUUAUUAGAUAGUAUACAGGAUAAUUAUACGUUUGCUCAACCUGGGAUUCAACGAAGAGUUCUCCAGCUUCGUCAUCUUUUGAGUCGAGUUGAUAAACAGUUACAUGAUCAUCUGGAGAAUCAUGGCGUUGAAUAUCUUCAGUUCGCCUUUCGUUGGAUGAAUAAUCUGCUUAUGAGAGAAGUACCACUUCGGGCCACGAUUCGCCUUUGGGACACAUAUCUUAGUGAACGCAACGGGUUUUCACAAUUUCACGUUUAUGUUUGUGCUGCCUUUUUAAGAAUGUGGUCAAAACGACUCCAAAAUGAAAAAGAUUUUCAGGGAAUAAUGAUACUUUUACAAAAUUUGCCCACACACGCUUGGGAAGAUCAGCAAAUUUGUGAACUUACUGCGGAUGCGUUUUCACUAAUGGCGGUUUUUGAUGGCACUAAAAUCUUUUAA